AUGACGAUGAUGAUUCAGCGCGUGAACGCCAACUCGCCGGCACAGGCCGUGAAGAGCCGCGCACGCGGGCCGACGAUUACGCAGCUGCGUGCCAAGCAGGCCGCUCUUGUGGCCGCAUCCGAGCUCGCGGCUUCGAGUGAUGCCGAGGCGAGUGUGGUAAGGCACUUGCCCGUUGACGAAGCCAAGCGGUGGGCAAGCGGCAAAGGCCGCAAAGUGGGCUUCGCAAAAGCACGUGCCACCUUCCGUGGCGGCGGCACGGGAAUCGCGGCGACGGCGGCGAAGCACGACUCGCUCAUCAAGAAGGCCCGCUGGCGCGGUACCGAGCAAAUUGCCCGGGAGACUCCGGCGGGCUCUGUGUCCGUAGUGACGAUGCCGCACCGCAAGGACUUCGCCUCCGACAAGGAGCACCAAGUGAAGUUUAACCUGUGGCUGAAGGCGGACGGCUUCAAAGGCAAGGAGCGGCAGCAGCGGGUGGCCGCGCAGUACGAGAAGCGCGUGCUGACCAUGAACGCGUGGGGCCAAAAGCAGGGCUACCCGCCGUUCUGCGAGGUGGUGACCCAGGAGGACGGCUUGGCCAAUCUGCAGCUCAUUGUUGACAAGGUGCGCGGCAAGGAGGUGCCGCGAGUGCCGGCGUGCCCGCCACUCGACGCGAGCCUCCUCUUGCUCGGCGUCGUCGCGCUGGGCGACCGCAUCGACCGCCCCAGUCAGCGCGCGUGCGACCGGCUGCUCCGCCUCCGCCGCCGGCGCUCGACCACCUGGCCCAAGAUGGAGGACGACUUGACCGGCUCGGUCGGCGGAGGCACCUCGUCGGCCGCCUCGGCAGGCGCCUCCUCGGCUGCGCUGUCCUCGGCCGCGGCCUCUUCCUUGGGCUCCUCUGCAGCGGGCUCCUCCGCCUCGGGCGUCACGGCCCCCAUGGUUCGCUUGCGUGUGUUGUGA